UUGAACGCGUGCUCAAAAUCCUUCCAAUUUAAGGGCAGAGCGAACAUUGGUUUCUGCCCCGCACAUUCCUUGUUGCCGCCAGUUCCAGGUUCGAACGGUUUGCCAAAAUCGAUGCCCGCACGAAGACGGUUUAGAGUCGAAAGUCGGCGGGCUGUCGGUCGACCAUUAGGUGCUGUGACGUUCGACUCGUUGGCUGACUGUGGCUGGGGAUCAACGGAGACAAUCUUUCGGGCGGGUCCCCGCACACGAUUUGAUAAUGGAGCAGCAGCAGACAACGGCAUCACAGCAGCAACAGUCAGCGCAAAUGGCUUCCACCAGCCCGCAGUCGGGUGGAAGUCCCGGUGGAGCGGGGGGGUCGACCACCGCGCCACCCCCCACCGUGCCAGCGGUAGCACCACCGUCGACGCGGAAGAAAACGGGCAAGUUUCUUGGCUCGGCACUGAACAUCACCAAUCGGUACCGGGCAAACAGCAGCAGCCUGAGCAAGGUGAGCCUUGCCAUUACGAAUCUAAAGGUGAUCCAGAACGUACCGCUGCCGCCACCGAUCAGUGCGAUGAUUGCGUCGGACAUACCGCCGGUCUGCAAGUAUCUGCCGUCCUAUCGGCUCACCUCUCGGAAUCCGUUCAAUCGCGAGGCGUGCGAGGCGAUACUGCGGGAAUCGAUGGACAAAUCGCUGCAGGGUGUAGAGUACAGUUCGUACUUUGCGCCCUCGCUCUGUCAGCAGAUCUGCGAGGACAUCAAGACGCGCGUCAAGGAGCUCAAGUUUGACAGGUAUAAAAUCAUCGUCACGGUUACCAUCGGCGAACGGUACAUGCAAGGCCUGAAGGCAAUCACCCAGUUCCUGUGGGAUCCGGAGAAGGAUAGCUACGCCACGUGCAUCUACGACGCGUCACCGAGUCUGGUAGCUGUCGGGACGAUUUACGCCAUCUAUUUUGAUUAGCUUGCUCUCCCGGACGCUUUGCAACGCAGCGUGUGGAACGUCAGCAGCAGCAACAGCAACCGUACGAUGGUAUACCGUACAGGGAAUAUAAUUUCUGCGAAUGCCUGCAGACAUUCCAGACAGCUUGGCAGCGAUGCGGCAUCAGCCAUCGGGUGUUCACCUAAUGGGCGCGUGUGCAUCGUCCUGAAUUAACCGAAGCAAUAUGAUCCAAAAUCCUCCGACAUCAGGGGCUCGAAGGAUUUAUCAUCCAUACUCUGCUAACUUGUGCAAUCGUUCCCCGAAGCAGUGAGGAGAAAUAUAACUAUUGUUGCUAUCGUU